AUGAGAAUAAAAACUCUGUCCUAUAAUGUUUUAUUCUUAUUUUCGUUAUCUUUCAUAUCUAUUGUUCAAUGUAAUCUUCUAAAUAUUUCUCUGGCUAUAAUUAAUACUCAAACAGUUAUAGCUUGUGGUUUAUCUAUUGAUAUUUACUCAUCAUUUGAUCCAACUCGAAUUAUAAUUUGUCCAUAUGUAUCGACUGAACAAGAUAAAAUUCAAUUAAUCUAUAUGAAUAUAUCUUUUGAUAAAUAUGAUCAAAUAAAAAUAGAAUUAAAUCCUCGAAUAAUAUCUACACCAAAACUUUUAAUUAAACUUGAUAAUAAUAGUUCAUUUAUUUCAGCACCAAGUAUUAAUCAAAAUUAUACAUAUUAUCUUUCAUUUUCAUCUGAACUUACAUGUAGAUUUUCAUUAUUAAAUAAUGAAACAAUUUGUUUUUAUUAUCCAACAACAACUAAUUUUAUUCAUAUAGAAUAUCAUUAUGACAAAAUAAAAUAUGGUAGUUGGAUAUUAUUAAAUAAAAUUCGAUAUCGUUUCUAUAACAUUUUUAUUAUAAUUACUAUAAUUAUGAUUAUUUGUGUUUUUACUACAUACGUCUUAUAUAAAAAUAGAGUUUUACUUCGUCAUACAGCUGAAUUAGAUAGUAUUAGUAAUUCAGAAAUGGUGAAACAAGAAGAAGUAACACAACCAACGGAUUCACUACAAGAUAAUACUAUUAAACAACCAAUAUUAGUUGAAGAUUUUAUUAUUAAAAAAACACAUACGAAUUCGAUAAUAUAA